AUGCCUUAUAACACCACCGCUAUACCUCCUCGAAGGGAGGUCACGGGUCAGACCCAGUUACCUUUGUCAAGAGUGAAGAAGAUCAUUGCAGUCGAUCCCGAUGUCAACAUCUGUUCUAACAAUGCAGCCUUUGCCAUUACUUUGGCUACGGAACUAUUUCUUCAAUAUCUUGCCGAGCAAGGACAGAACAUGGCGAAGCUAGAGCGGAAGCCUCGACGGAACAUCCAAUACAAGGAUCUCGCGAAUGCCGUUCACGCCCAGGACAACCUGGAAUUCCUCGAGGAUGUCAUUCCCAAGACGGCACCAUACAAGGCAAUCAAGGCCCAGGCUGCCGCCGCACGAGCGCAGCUGAAUGGCGAGAAACAGGCAGAGAACGGCCAGCUUCCCAAUGGCAAGAAGCAGAAGUCAAUUGUCAACGGAAACGGCAACCUCAACGGUUUCGCUCCAAGAGUGCUUUCUGAGGAGGACCCUAAUGCUCAACUCGAGCUGGAAAUGAGGCAAGCCGCCCAGGCUCAUGACGGGGAUGUCAGCAUGACUGGAUGA